AUGAACAAGGUGGAGGGUCACAUGAACCGCAGUGUUGAUUCUGCGGAGGAGGAGCCCCUAUCCAAUGACCACGCGGAAGGAACAACGAUGUCGCUGGAAGAACGUGAGGCCCGCUGGGGAUUUACCCUUGACGAGCUGCAUGUAGCCACCAAAGUGGUGCGUACGCUAUUUCAUAAUCCCUCGCUCUUUGUGGGCGAUGCGUACCUCCACGAGAGUAGUCUGUACACCAUGAUCUCGCGGGACAGCAAGACGAAGCGCGAAAAUCGUGAAGUAUACAAAGUAAUCAUGGCUGAGGAGAAAAGCCGGCGAAAGCGGUUUCAGCGCAUGCAGGACAUUAAGGCCAUACACCGUACGGAAAUGAAACGAGAGCGGGAUGCAGCUUUGACGUCGUUGAUGCAGCGGCCAGCGAGACCGCUGCUGAUGAUUGAUGGACUGGCACCGUCACAACUCACUGACGAGGUUGCGAAAGCUGCCCCAGAGGAGGCAUUAAACGGGGUUUGUUCAGAGACGAAUGACCCUAACUCCUGUUCUGCCACUGACUGGCAGAUCAUCAGAUUGAUUGGUGCCUUUGAGAACUUGAUUCGUCUGGAAGAGGCUUAUGACACUAGUCCCACCGCACCAGAAUGGCUGAGGAUUUCACAGCUUGUGGCACAGGUCUAUCGCUACAUGCCACACAACUUUGGAUCACAAAUGCCUCCUGCGUUAUUGCGCGGUGCUGCUCCUGCAGGAACACCUUCUGAGCAGCGAGAAAAAUACACAGCAGUUGUAAAGCUACGCAUUGCAGAGCGUUGCGCCGAAUUGGUUACAUUGGGGGAAAGUGAUGAAAACGACGGAGAUGAGGAGAACAAUACUUGUACCGGCGGUGACAAUGCCGUUAAGGGAAAUGCCUUCCCUCCUCGUGAAGAUGUGCUCGUGGCGGACUCUGUCUUGCUUCGAAACGUGUCACGUCUGCGGCAGUGUGGCGAUCCCAACUCUGUUCCAGAUGAACUUUGCUUUGCCCUUCAGCACGUUGUGCCGACAACGGACGUCUUACACUCCUUGAAGCUUGUCCUUGCUGAGGGUGCCGUUGAUAGUCGGUUUGUGCCACAGGAUGCGAAUGUGGUACCGACGUUAUCAGCGGAGGCGUCGUUAAAUCUUUUCAUUGCUAGAAGACUUUAUGCGAGGAAACGGGUACGAGAGUGGGGAGAAUCCCCGUUUACAGUUCAAACUCGCCCACCGACAUCGAUGGACGAAGAGCCGGAUAGCUACUGCAUAUUCGCUGAUGGGCAAACGUGCACUUCCGGUCGGCCUUUCCCGUCUGAUGAGGCUCUUCAGUUAAACCGGUGGAUUGGAUGUCACACUUGCCGCGUGCGGUAUAACAAGUUGCACCCCUAUUAUUACAGCCUUUGUCACCUAUGUGGGGAAUACAAUUUUAACAAGAGACUACUCACGCGGGAUCUACGUGGAAAGGUUGUGCUGCUCACUGGCUGCCGCAUCAAGAUUGGCUUUGCGAUGGCGCUUUCCCUCCUGCGUUGCGGGGCACGACUGGUGGGAACCACGCGGUUUGUGCACGAGGCAUUGGCACGCUUUCAGCGGGAGACCGAUUAUGCGGAGUGGGGAGAUCGGCUACAUCUCUUUGCCCUUGAUCUUCGUGACCUUUGGCUCGUGACACAGUUUUGUGCCUUUCUGCGGCAUCGGUUUCCCAAACUGUUCGCCAUCAUCAACAACGCCGCACAAACCAUCGCACGCACAAAGGAGUAUACGGCCCACCUCUGCCAUUUUGAGGCGUACCCGUCACAAGAGCUGCACCGCCGGCUUUGCGAGGACGCAACGAUGGGAGAGUGGCAUCAAUUUUUUUCCACUCACACUUCUGUAACCAUUGGCGAGCCCCUUCAGAUCGAGCCCCAUGCACACAAUCAACCGUUUCUAGACGAUGCAGCGACCGUCACGAACGACAACCACGAAAACCAGGAGGAGAAUCGGACGGGGGACAAAGAACAGCUGGCAUUAACUGCCACAGCCAACAUUGCCGCUAUUCACCCGCCUGUUUUUGACCGCUACGAUACUCAAGCAGAAGAAAGUGAUACGCGUGAGAUGAACUCGUGGGUGUUGCGGUUGGGUGAGGUGCCAGGAAGCGAAGCAGCGGAGAUUAUGGCCAUCAACGCCCUCGCGCCAUUUAUCAUCAACAGUAAGCUAAAACCAUGCUUGCUGAAUCGGGAGGGCGACGCGGUGCCAAACGAGGAACGGUUUAUCAUCAAUGUCUCGGCCAUGGAAGGACAGUUCUACCGGUUCAAGCAGGUGACACACCCUCACACAAACAUGGCGAAGGCCGCCCUUAAUAUGAUGACCCGGACGAGCGGUGAGGACUACGCUCAAGAUGGAAUCUUCAUGAACUCCGUGGACACGGGGUGGAUUACGGAUGAGUCACCCAAGGCAAAGAAGGAGCGGCGGGGAGAGCAGUUGCUGCUGUGCCCACUAGAUGAGAUUGAUGCCGCCGCACGCUGCUUGGACCUCAUUUACACAAACAGCAAGGAAUACGGCAAGUUUUUUAAGGACUUUAAAGAAAUAGCGUGGUAA